AGUCGAGAAAACAUCAUUACUUUUUCUAUGUGUAGGUUACAUAUGAAUUCUCAUGAACUGUAAUGGCAUUUGUAAGACCAUUUAACCUAUUUCAAACAUCGCGAUGUUUCUAAAAACAUAAUUUGCAAGAUGAUAAUAUAAUGUACAUAUUUUUAAUUCACUCGUAAUACAAGUUUAUAGGUAUACUGCGUCUUGUUGAAUUGAUAAAAUGAAAAUCCUUGUCCUCCCUAUCCUAUUCCUCAUCUGCUCCCACCUUUCAAACGGACAACACUAUGACGAAAAAUCACCCGAGGGUAGUUUCUUCUUGGACUCUCCAUUGGACGAAAACCCACCCGAAGACGAUCACCGAUACGACGAACUAAUGGAACGUUUAUUCAACGGAACACCGCCACCGAUUAAUCUAACCUACGAACCCGGCCCUUACGAUAAAUUUAUUUUCGAUCCAAACGACGACGAGAACAUGUCCGAUACGUACCGAUCCCUAUUAAAACUCUACUUCCAUCACAUCUUGAACGAAACGUCGAAUUACGCCGAUGUAGGCCUCGAAGAAGAAAUGUUCUGGAAAAUGUUCAAACUGACGGCAGCCUUCCUAAAAUACCAGCAUCAUUUGCACGGAAACGACACCCUGGUACCUGACGAGCAAAACCAAACGCAUAUUUACAAUAGUAGCGAAAUAGACACGGAAACCUUUUUGAAAGAUAUGCUUCAUUAUUAUCAAGGAUUAGCGAACAAAUCGAACGAGUCCAAUAUGACCCAAGUAACGAGAAAACCUCACGUAUCUUUAACCUCGCGAGUAAAGGGUAAAGUUUCAUUGAUUUGGAGCAAAGGUGCGAAUCGUUUUUCCAGUUGGUGGAAUAGCACGAAAAUGUGCAGUGUAAGUGCCAGACAAGGUAUUCGAAAUGUCACCAGGAUUGGUGCCAAGAUUGUCAAAAGCAUUUUCAACAAAGUGACCGGGUUUUUCUCCAGUGUUCCACCUAGUGUGAUAUCGGUUCAAUAUGUUUAGAGAUUCGUGAUGAUGAUGACCUAGGUAAUGGUGAUUAAAGGUUUAUAAAAGUGCAAAAAACAUGGACGAAUUACACGAAAAUCUGAUGGGGUACGAUUGUGUUUCGCGUGUAUGGAAUUAAUUAUGUAAUUAAAUAAUGCUAAUUAAUAUGCAUAAUGUGAUGUAGGUAUUAGGUAACUAGGUACCUAUACCUAGUGCCUAUAAAAUGUAAUUUAUAUUGCCUGGGUAAAUAUUUUAUAAUACAUCCCUAAUCAGAUACGUAGUGGUUAUGGUUAAUUAAAAUGUGGACUAAGUAUACUUUAUUUUUUGAUAAUGAUCUGUAUAGUUAAUUUCGAAUAAUCGUAGCUUAAAUUUAAUUUAUUACUAUUUUCUCUGUCGAUGUGGUUUAAUUAAAUUAGGCACCUGUUUGAAAAUUUAGGAUCAAUAAACUGAAUGAUUUUUUUGUGUACAAAUA